AUGAGUAGUACAAGUGAAAAUGGGGACUGGAUGAUGUCUACCAGUUGCAUAGAUUCGCCAUCUGUUGAAGAAUCUAGCAGCGGACAUGUGGCUGGAGGUAGUCACCUGAAGAAAGGCCCCUGGACGUCUGCAGAAGAUGCAAUAUUGGUGGCAUAUGUCAGGAAGCAUGGAGAGGGGAACUGGAAUGCUGUCCAGAAGCACUCAGGACUUUCCCGUUGUGGUAAAAGCUGUCGUCUACGUUGGGCAAAUCACUUAAGACCAGAUCUGAAGAAAGGUGCAUUCACUCCUGAGGAAGAACACCAUAUCAUCAAACUCCAUGCUAAGAUGGGAAACAAAUGGGCUCAAAUGGCUGCAGAGUUGCCUGGUCGUACAGAUAACGAGAUAAAGAAUUACUGGAAUACUAGAAUCAAGAGGCGACAACGUGCUGGCUUACCAAUCUACCCUCCUGAUAUCUGUUUGCAAGCAUUCAGUGAGAACCAAGAAAGUCUGAACAUGAGUGCAUUCUCUUCUGGGGACAGAACUAAUGCUGAUCUCUUCUUGACCAGUAACUUUGAGAUUCCGGCUGUGGAAUUCAAAAAUUUGGAAUUCAAUCUGCUUCUGUAUCCGCCAUCACUUGAUAUUUCUGCGAGUAGCUCGCCUGACAUUAUGGCAAGUACCUUGAUUGCACCCAGUUUUAGUUCUUCCUGCGGUAAUGACUUUUCGUUCUCAACAAAUCAUCCAGCCAAGCGUCUUCGAGAAUCAGAGUCCUUUCCCCCUGGUUUGAGUGCUAGUGUCAGUGAUCCUAGCCCAGCAUUUACACAAUAUCAAAAUGAUAGUUCUGAGAAGAUUUCUCAAUCCUUUGGGUUUUCUUGUGCAUAUAAUCAUAGUGUUAUUGCCAACCACCCAUCAUUCUCAUGUUUACCUCGUGGCAGCCAUGCCCCUUCAAAUGGCAAUUCCUCUUCUUCAGAACCCAUCUCUUGGGCAAUGAAGCAGGAGCUCCCUUCACUCCAAUAUUCAGAUACUCAGGUGGGUAGCUGGGGGUCACCAUCCUCUCCACUGCCAUAUCUUGAAUCUGUUGAUACUUUUAUCCACUCACCUCCUACUGAGCAGACACAACCGGAUGGUCUUUCACCACGGAACAAUGGCCUGUUGGAAGCUGUACUCUAUGGAUCACAAACUCUGAAAAACACCAAGAAAACUUCAUGCCAGCAGACUCCUAGUGCUUCUGUAAUGCCUGGUGAUAUGGUGAACAGUCCGUCUCAGAAUGGAACAGAAUGGGAAGUGUAUGGUAACUUAAUCUCUCCUUUAGGUCCUUCUCCUGCAUCAACUUUCAACGAAUGCAUUUCUAUCAAUGGAAGCUCACAUGAUGGACCCCAGCCAGUCCAGUUCGUGUCAGUUAAGCAAGAGGCAGUUGACUGGCUUUCUACACGAGAUGACAGAAACGAUGAAGUGCUAAGUCAGAUGAUUCUUUCAAGGCCAGAUUUCUUACUUGGUAUGAAUUGUUUUGGCUGUACUACGGAGAAUGGUAAGGACCUCCCCAUCCUGAAAGAUGCUAUUUGGGCACUUCUUGAUUGA